AUGUUCUCAGGCAAGCUCGCUGCUUUGGCAGCCCUUCUUCCUGCCACAGCUUUUGCUGCUAGCAUUGCAGGCAACGGUUCUUCAGUACUGCCCAAUGGCAAGUACGAAAUCUCGUCUGAGGGCAUUCGCGCCAACUUCGUUCCUUACGGCGCAGCCAUCUCAAAUCUCUUCAUCCGGGACGCUCACGGCAUCGAGCGUGAUAUUGUUCUUGGUUGGGAUAAUGCUACCUACUACACCGAAGACAAGCUGCACCCCCAUUUCGGUGGUGUCCCUGGACGUUACGCCAACCGCAUCAAGAACUCUUCUUUUGAGAUUGAUGGCACCACCUACCACGUAACCCCAAAUGAGAACGGGGGUCUCGAUACUCUACACGGUGGACCCGACGGCUGGGACUGGCGUAACUGGACUGUGACUGCUCACACUACCGACUCUAUCACCUUCUCAAUCGUUGACCCCGAUGGUGCUAAUGGCUUCCCUGGCGAGGUCAUCAGCUACGUUACAUACACUUUGACUCCUUACCAAUGGCACUUGAAGAUGGUUGCGGUAGCAACUACCAAGAAGACACCCAUCAUGCUGAGCUCCCACGUUUACUGGAAUCUUGACGGUUUCCAAAACCCUAACGAUCCCACUGUCAACAACUACACCGUGCACUUGCCUUACUCUGGCCAGCGUGUCGCAGUCGACGGCAUUCUCAUUCCUAACGGUACCAUCUUGCCCAACAAGCAAGGCGACGUGUUCGAUUUCUGGUCUUCGCCCAAGAAGCUUGGUGCCAACCUGACUUCUCCCGAUCUUGUCGGUGGUUGUGGCAGUGGAUGCGUUGGUUACGAUACUUGCUGGCUCGUCAACAGAGAUCAAAAUGGACCCUACGAUUGGCGUGAAUCUGGACCUGUCGCUACUGUGUCUAGUCCUUUCUCUGGUAUCCAGAUCGACAUCUUCACUGAUCAGCAGGCCUUCCAGAUUUACACAUGUCCUUCGCAGAAUGGAACUACCACUAUUAAGGAGACCCAAGGUUUCUUCAACCAGACCAACCAACCGCGUGUUGUCCAGAAGUACGGAUGCAUGGUGAUGGAGGUUGAAGACUGGAUCGAUGCCAUCAACCAACCUGAGUGGCAGAGAGAGAACAGGAACAUCUUUGGUCCUGGCAGCGACCCUUACGUUCUUCAGGCAACAUACAACUUCUCGGUCAACAAAGAAGUUGCGUCUGGUUCUAACAGCACAUCCAGCUACUAG